AUGAGAAGCGACUUGCCCGACUCGCCCGACUGGGGCGACAGUGACGCUGAGCUUGCAGGCGAGCAGGGCUUUGCCCAGGCGGCAGACAACUUCCCUGAGCCUUCCGACCUCGGGGACUGCGAGUCCGAAGGUGAGGUCACAGGGUCUCUGGACUUUGGAGGUGCAGGAAUUGGGUCUUCUGGCUUCUCGGGGGAAUCGGCUUUGGGGUCUUCAGGGGAUCAAGACUCCGCUGCUGUAGCUGGCGGCAGCCAGAGUGGCGCGUGCACUACAAACAUGGGGCUUGCCUUUGUGCAUGCCUUCAGCAGGCUGUCGCAACCCAGUGCUUCGCCUUCUUUGCUGUUGCCUUGGGAGACGCCCUUAAUGAAAACAAUUUUUGAGCCUCUGACCGAGGCUCUGCCUGAGCUUAAGAAACCUUCUUUAGGCCUCGCCGACUUGUCCCCUCCCGAGUUUGCAAAGUAUCUUCUCGAUGCAAGUAGCAGUGCAAGUGCUGUGAAGCCGAUACAGCCGAGCCUCGACUUCAAGGCAGGCCAUGCUGCCGAACAGGCCAUUAGAAUGCUUGACGACGACGACUUCGAGAGGAAGCAGGUUAAGCUUAUGAACGCCUGUAUCGCAAAGUGGCAUGUCAUUGCUUUGAGGUAUUCAGAUGUUUUCGAAUUGCCUCGGCCGUCGGACGAGGAGAUUUCGGCAAUGAUGGGCACUCGGUCAGUGCAUACUGUGCUUGCCAGGGCAGGGUCCAUGCUCCAGUUCAUUAGAUGGUGUGACACGGUGCGUGGUAGCAGCGACUCGAUGUUCACUGAUGAAGCCUACUGGGGCUAUUUGCAGUUCCUCAAGACGAGUCGUGCGAGUGCCUCCCGAGGAUCGUCGUUCCUCUCUGCAGUGAGGUUUGCUUGGCAUGUCAUGGAUCUCACAAAAAUCUGCGGCUCGCCGUCUCGGCGAUGCGUGGGCCUGUCAGAACAGAUGUCUGCUGAAAGAGGCACGCUGCGCCAGUCGGCGCCGUUACUAGUGCAACAGGUGCUGCAGCUGCACCACAUGCUGCAUAGUGGUCUUGUGUCCAAGCUUGAUAAGGCUUUUGUCGCAUAUGUCUUGAUUUGCUUGUAUGCCCGUUGCAGACAGAGCGACCUGGCAAAAGUGUCCUACAUUGAGGUGGAUGUCUCUGACUCAGGAUUUGAAGGAUAUGUUAUCUUCUACACGCGCCAACACAAAACGGCGCGAGCUGCUCGAAGGUUGUCGCAAAUGCUGCCCAUCAUUAUGCCAGUUUGUGGCAUUGAUGAUCAAGAGUGGUUCUUGACGGCGCGGCGUGCCAUGGAGGACAUAGGCCUUAGUCUUGAGGGAAACAUUGGUGGUCCUGUCUUCAGGCCCCCUAUCGAUUUUGUCGAGGGAAGGCUUGCCCGGCGAGGAAUCACAUCCGAGGAAGUUUCCGCCUUCUUGAAGUUAGUUGUGCCGAGUCACGACAGUGCAUUACGCAUUGCAUCCCAGAUCCUCAAGCGUACACUGCUUGCCUGGUCGAGCAAGGCCGGUUUGUCUAGUGAGUGUAGGGCCAUUCUGGGCAGGCAUGCAAAAUCCGUGGAGAGCUCUGAGGCCAUUUACAGCGUUGAGCUCGGGCUUCCAGCUGUUAGACAACUUGAAGGCAUCUUGAGGCAGGUGCGGGACAAAGAGUUUAGGCCGGACGCAAGCCGUGCUGACAUGUGGCGAUUCCCGCCAUCGCCGCCCGCCACAGUUGCCAGCGCUAGAAUGUCGAAGCCCUUGAAUCCCCCGGUGGAGAUCAAGUCCGAGUCGGAGGCCAGUGAAUCAGAGUCUUCAAGUUCGGAAGAGUCCAGUGGUGGUCAUUCUGAUAGCUCUGAUUCCUCAAGUGGCAGCCCUCCUGCGCCCAAGAGGCGUCCUCAAGUCGAGUCCCAAAAACUCAUCCCUUCGGACAAGGGUGGUGAGUGGGUCGUGCACAAGCGGUCGCAUGUGUGGCAUUGGACGUAUGGUGUCAAUAUGUUGAUGUGUGGCCGAAAGAGGAAUCACAUGUACAUUCUUGCUGAUAAGGUGAAGUUCUCCGAGACGGCCUUCAAGAGUCUCAAGUCCCAGGGGUUCGUGACCCUGGGACAGCUCGCAUAUAGCGUCGGGCAGCCUGGGCAAGUCAUUCCAGAGGAGGCAUUCAGUCAAUUCGUCAAGGAUACGAUCCCCCGUGCAUCGGGUGCCGAUUCAGCUUGCUUGCGUCGCCUCAUAUUUGAAGCGCAAACUUUAGUGCUGGCUGAUUUACGACAACAGAUUAGCGAUCCCGACGGAGCAUCGCGGAAGGUUCCGGAGGCUGAACGAGAGCAACGCUUAGCUUCAUUGCGGAAGCAACUGCCUGGACUCCUCAUAGAGGGGCCAACGGAGCCGGGGAGGGCCCUCUUGGACGAAUGCGCGAGCCAGGAGAGUGCUUGCCAGCUUAAGUACAUCAGCCCGGACCGCUGCAUCUCUAGGACCUUUGAAGUCACGAAUUAUAAGAAGACUCCUAGACUCGGUCCUAGACAGCUUGAGUUGGAUGCCAAUCACCUUGUUGUAAAGAAUCAGGAUGGUGAGCUCACUAUGCCGUCGCACUCGGCGCUUCAGGUGCAGGAAGCCUUCCUUAGGCGAGGCCUCGCCUACGUCUUCAGCCAGAGUGUCUCCUUUGAUGCUUAUUCAAGGUACCUCUCGAAAUUGUUCUCGCAUAUCCAUCGCGAGCCGCCACCGAACCACGCAAGGACCUCCGUGGCACAGCUUGUUGAGGCCGACAAGCUGGUCUGGACAAGGCUCAUCGAGAGAGGUGUUAAGCCACGAAAGGAUGCCACUGGAGCCUUCCCCCUGGACUCAGAACUUAUGCAAGCUCUGGAGAGCUAUGAAGUGUCCUUCGGACUGAUGCCGCUGCGAACUGGAUCCAAAUGGGAGCCUCGCAAGAAGUUCAAAGGUGCAGGCAAGGAUGGGAAGGAAGACAAUAAAGGUGUUCCUCGAGCCACAAUCCCUACGAAUCCCAGUGUCACUGAUGUUGUGCAUGUUUCUGACUCCGAUGAUGAUAAACUUAGUGUGGCCUUGUCGUCAGCUCCUUCUGCCGAAGUUGAGCUCGAGUCUACAACUUGUGAUGCCGAAACUUUUGCAGCUCGGCUUUUGAAGCAAGCGGUCAUCUCUCGUGAUGCGAUCCUUGCCCUUGUACGGCUGCUGCCCAGAGAACCGCCCCACACUGCAAAAUCUGAUGAGCUCCCUCAUCCUCAGGGUGCCUUUUAUGCUGGCAUGUACCGCAAAGGCAAUGGCAUCUCGGGUCUUCGAAAAUCAUGUCGGGAAUUCCCAAUGUCUGUUGCUGCCAUCAAUGCGUUCAUCGCUAAAGCUCUGCCUACGGCCUCGUACAACGCAUUUGCCAUACUUGACAACGUUGCCUCCCCAGCACACCGUGACUUGCAAAAUGAGCCAGUGGCCAGUCAUGUCUUGGCCCUCUCUGCUUUUGCAGGUGGGGGCAUCUGGGUGCAGUGCCCUCGAGGGGCCAUUUGCCGUCGCAUCGCUGGGGUUAACACUCCCGGCAAAGUGCUGGCCCUUGACAAAGGCCCUGUGCAGCAAGGUGAUCGUGUGGUCAUCUCGUGCUAUACCUUGAAAGGCUACAACCUCUUGACGGCUGAUCAGUCUAAUAGUCUAUUGCAGCUCUCCUUCCCAUUGCCCUUGCAGGUUGGAGACUGUGCUCGCCCAUCGCCUGUGGACUAUGCGGCCCUGCGCGCCGCCACGGGCAUACAGCCCAAAGCCAGCAAGACUGUACCCUUGGUACCUGAACAUCGUGCGGUCGUCGUCGUUCGAGGCCCGGCCUCCCUGUUUCAGCCUCCAUGUGCUCUCAGGCAACGCCUUGAGUCCGACUGGGCUGUGCCUGCCUCGUGCACGUGUGCUCUGUCUUCCAUUCCCAAAAACUCCCAGCUUCUCCGGAGCGACUUGCUUGAUGGUAAGGAUAAUGAGGGAAGUUCUGGCAAGGUUUCUGGAAAGGUGCUUGAACUUGCGUGGGGGAUACCUUUCUCGCCCUCCGAGUUUGUAGACUGUGCAGUGGCUGCGGGCCACCCCUCCUUGCUCGAAGCUAACCUCCCGCAGGAGCUGCAAGAGGCGAUCACCGCCUCUUCAAAAAUGACCCCCAAAAGUCUGGCCUCGCAUAGGCUAAGGGUGCUUAAAGAAUGGUCCCGCAGAGCAAAAGACUUUGAGAAGGAUGAGAAAGCAUUCAAAAGUUCCCUUCACCCUGAGGUUCUACCGAUACUUUCCCCCAAACGCCUUCUCCUCUUUAAGAGCCUUCUGCAAGAAUAUGGUUACCCGGACUUAGAUGCCUUCAACGAGCUUGUCAGUGGGGUCAGCUUGACUGGGGAUGCUCCACGUACUGGGAUCUUCAAUGCGGCAGAGAGGCAUGCCUCCAUGACUGAGGACGAACUCAAAGCGCAGGCGAAGGUCAUUCAGCAGGAGGUCCUUGCAAAGGUCACCAGUCAAGGAAAGGAGAUUGAUGCGAUUGUGAAACAAAAGACGGAGGAUGAAGUGCGCAAAGGUUGGCUGGUAGGCCCCCUGGAGGCUGAUGACCUGCCUGAACAUGCCAUCAUAAGCAAACGCUUUGGUCUGCCACAAGCCUCGGGAAAAACGCGCCUCAUCGAUGAUUUUUCAAUUUCGCAUGUCAAUGAAUCUGUUGGGGCUGAUGAAUCGCCGAAACCGCAUACCGCAGACGUGCUUUGUGCAAUGACCCUUCAGGCCAUGCAGGCCUUUCCUGGAAGGAAGUUCGUUGGUCGUGCCUAUGACCUACAAGCAGCCUAUAGGCAAGUCCCUGUUCAUCCCUCAUCAUCAUGGGCGUCGUAUGUCGCCUAUUAUGAUUGCGAGGAGAAGAGGCCUCGCAUAUACAGGUGCCGAGCCUUACCUUUUGGUGCAACCAAAUCCGUUUAUGGUUUUCUACGCAUCUCGCACGUGCUUUGGUGGCUGGGAGUGGUUGCACUAAAGCUGGCUUGGUCACUGUAUUACGACGACUUUGUCGUUCUCUCUGAAUCUUGCCUUGCGAGCAAUACCGACAGUGCAAUCCAGAUCUAUUUCACUCUUCUUGGUUGGGCCUUUGCGAAGGACGGGUCCAAGGCCGAGCCCUUUAGUGAGCUUGUCACGGCAUUGGGCGUUCGCUUGUCCCUCACUGGUUUUCCCUCGGGCCGUGUUGAGUUGUGCAACACCGAGUCCCGUACCAAUGAGCUGUGUUCGUCGAUCCGCGCAAUCACGGAAGCCAAUACUCUGACCAAAAGUGCUGCGCUUAAGCUCCGUGGUAGGAUGCAGUUUGCUUGCGGGCAGGUCUUCGGUAGGUUGGCCAAGGUUUGCCUCAAGCACCUCACUGAUUUUGCCUAUGGCGAUCUGCCUCCACAUGUGCCGGCAAAUCUUUUGCAUUCACUUAAGGGAUUCUGUGGGAUCCUCAAGGAGGCCACUCCUAGAUUGGUGCAGGUGCUGCGACAGGAACCGAUGUUUGUUUUCACCGAUGCUUGCUUCGAGCCAUCGGCCUCAGACUGGAUGUGCGGUAUUGGCGGAGUCUUGUUCAAUCAUCGUGGUGAUCUUAUCGGUUCCUUCUCUCACGCCUUGAGUGCCCGACAUCAGGAUCUUCUUGGUGCGCAAGUCCAAAAGACGAUAAUCUUUCCCGCCGAACUUCUGGCUCUCAUUUGUGGGAUGAGGCUAUGGCUGUCGGCCCUGAAAGGGCGGCCCACUGUUUUCUUUGUAGACAACAAUUGUGCUCGCGAUGUUUGCAUCUCUGGGUCAGGCCGCGCUGCUGUCAUCAAGGCCCUGCUGCGCGUGCUUCUCAAGGAUGAGGAAAGUGCAGGCGUUGCUGCGUGGUAUCAGAGGGUACCAAGCCCCUCAAAUCCUGCAGAUGAACCUUCAAGAACGAAAUGUCAUCACGUUUCAGUCGGCCGCAAGAUUGUCAAGUGCACUGAUGUCGAAGAGGUAGUGGAAAAGAUUUUUGCCGAAUUUGAGGUUAAUAAGGGAAGUCUGUUGUAG